UCCCCCUCCCGUUUAAAAUUAUAUUCCUUCUCUCUUAUAUUUAGCAAUGCCUCCGUCCAUUGGUUCAAUUCUUGGCUCGCUUAUAUCCUCCCCUUUCAUUUCUUCUCCUCUCCCUCGUCCCCACUCUUUUUUCCGCUCUCCGCCCUACGAAUUCUCCGUAAUUUCCAGCUCCAUUGAUGGGUUCGGAGGAGUAAGCACCCGUUGCCCGAAACCAGGUGGAAUUUUCCUAUUAGUUUUUCUGUGCACGGAUAGAGGUUUCUGCCGGUGAUUUUUGAGGAGGAGGCAGAGAAUUAGGGCAUUUCUUUGUGAGGCUGUUACGAGAUUCUCAGAAGAAAUUCAAAAGUGAUUCAGAUUUUGCAAGUAUAUUUGAUGAAUACCAUGCCAUCAGAUAAGGAGUCAUUUGAUGACAAUAAAAUAGAUCCAGUUCGCAAUAACAACAUCGAUUCAACAAGAACAGCAGAACCUGACCUUGGCUCAGGCAUAUACCCUAAUCCAUGUCCGAGUCCGAGAUCCCUUGCAACUUCAGAAGCUACAUCAGCAAAAGCAUCACAUCACAAUAAAAACUUGGAUCCAGUUGUCAUAUAUGGCACAAAUUUUACAAAGAGUCCAUUUCCAAGCCCAAGCCAUUACCCAAGCCCUUGUCCUAGCCCCAAAUUGCCAACCAUUUUUGAAACAAAUUCAACAUCACCUCGUACCUCAUCAACAGGGGUGACUAUGGCAACAGUGGGCACAAAGACUAGUGAUGCAAAGCUGAGUGACUCCUGUACCAACCCUAGUCAUGGUAGCUGCAACAGCACUCGAAGUAACAGCAUAGACAGCAGCACUUCUGUCCCGGUCAAGCGGCAUACAGGAGGUGAUUGUCGCUGGGAGGCAAUUCAAUUGGCGAAUGCUAGAGAAUCUCCUAUUGGCCUAGGUCAUUUUAGGCUCCUCAAGCGCUUGGGUUAUGGUGACAUUGGAAGUGUGUAUCUUGUUGAACUUAGGGGAACUGGUGCCUACUUUGCAAUGAAAGUGAUGGACAGGGCCUCACUUAUUAGUAGAAAUAAGCUACUCCGGGCUCAAACUGAAAGGGAGAUUCUCAGCCUUCUCGAUCAUCCUUUCUUGCCAACUUUAUAUUCUCAUUUUGAGACUGAUAAGUUUUAUUGCUUGGUGAUGGAGUACUGCAGUGGUGGCAAUCUCCAUUCUCUUCGGCAGAAGCAACCUAACAAGUAUUUCAGCGAACAAGCUGCUCGAUUUUAUGCUUCUGAGGUGUUGCUUGCGCUCGAGUACUUGCACAUGCUGGGUAUUGUAUACAGGGACUUGAAGCCUGAGAAUGUGCUUGUGAGGGAAGAGGGCCAUAUCAUGCUGUCCGACUUUGAUUUAUCGCUUCGGUGUUCGGUCAGCCCAACGCUCGUUAAAUCCCCCUCGACUCAAUCAAGCAGCAAUGGCAGUGCAUUCGGCAUCCUCGACAGCGAUCACGCAGUGCAGGGCUGCAUCCAGCCAUCAACGUUCCUCCCCCGUAUACUCCCCAAGAGGAACCGGAAGUCUAAAUCAGACCUCUGCAUGGGCAACGGCCCCCUCCCGGAAUUCAUGGCGGAGCCAACGAACGCUCGAUCGAUGUCAUUUGUGGGGACUCAUGAGUAUCUUGCUCCAGAGAUUAUUCGAGGGGAGGGGCAUGGGAGUGCAGUGGACUGGUGGACGUUCGGCAUCUUUCUGUACGAGCUGCUGCAUGGGACGACCCCUUUCAAGGGCUCGGGGAAUCGCGCCACUCUCUUCAACGUGGUCGGCCAGCCGCUGAGGUUCCCGGACGAACCAGCUGCGAGCCUGGCUGCACGAGAUCUCAUCCGCGGCCUGCUUGUCAAGGAACCUCAAAAACGAAUUGCAUUCAGGAGGGGUGCCACCGAGAUCAAACAGCACCCGUUCUUUGAGGGGGUGAACUGGGCGUUGGUGCGAAGCAACGCCCCGCCGCAUAUCCCAGACCCUGUGGACUUCGGGCAGUUUGCAACCAAGGAGAAGAAGACGACCGCCCAAAAUGGCUUCGGUGGGGCUGGUGGAGCCAAGAGCAAUCCAAAUGAUUCUUCUUACCUUGAUUUUGAGUAUUUCUAGGUAGGGGGGUUGCUGUUUGUCUCGGAAGAUAUAUACUAGGAGAAUUUAUGUGAAGGAGAGCUGACUGUGAAUUUUCUUUGGAAGUUUUACGUUGUUGACGCUACAGAAAAAAUAGGUACGCUAAUUUUUUUUUUUACCAUACAGUAAUUUAGUCACUGGACCAAAAUUUGUCGAUGGUAUGUUAUAACACUUAAAAGCAUCAGAAGUGAAAUACAAUUAAAUUUCUCGUUGGUGUAAAA